GUAGAAGGUACACCACGCCCUGACGCUUACCCGCCUGAUCGCUCUCUGCUUUGGGACACGAUUAUGGUCACAACCCCAACGGUGCCAAGGUGGAGCCGCUGCGCGUUUCUCGGAUCGGUGCGCUCCUCCAGGGGCUGGGAUGCGCACCAGGGACCUCCCGCUUCCUGCCGGGCUUCGGGUCUGAGCCACGCGGGGAGGAGUCCGGCGCAGCCCCCGGGCGACGAGCCAGGAGGACCCAGUCGACCCGAAGCAGGAUGCCGGUGAUGCGAGGGCUACUGGCCCCGCAGAACACCUUCCUGGACACCAUCGCCACACGCUUCGAUGGCACCCACAGCAACUUUGUGCUGGGUAACGCUCAGGUGCAGUCGCUCUACCCCAUCGUCUACUGCUCGGAUGGCUUCUGCGAGCUCACGGGCUACGCUCGGGCCGAGCUCAUGCAGAAGAGCUGCGCCUGCCACUUCCUGUACGGCCCCGAAACCAGCGACCGCUUCACGGCGCAGAUCCAAGGAGCACUGGACGAGAGGCGCGAGUUCAAGACCGAGCUGGUCUUCUACAAGAAAGAAGGCACGCAGUUCUGGUGUCUUCUGGACAUCGUACCCAUCAAGAACGAGAAGGGCGAGGUGGUCCUCUUCCUCGUGUCUCACAAAGACAUCACAGACAAGAAGAAGGACCAGGAUUCGGAGCAGGGACCGGAUACAGAUGAGGAGACGGGUCUGGAGGUACAUCAGGUGACGCGGCCUCCCGGCUUCAAUGCCAACCGCCGUCGCAGCCGAGCCGUCCUCUACCACUUGUCUGGACACCUGCAGAAGCAAGACAAGAGCAAGCUGAAGAUCAACAACAACAUGUUCGGGGAGAAGCCUCCCAUCCCGGAGUACAAGGUGGCGGCCAUCCAGAAGUCCCGCUUCAUUUUGCUCCACUACGGCACCUUCAAGGCCGGCUGGGACUGGCUGAUCCUGCUGGCCACCUUCUACGUGGCCGUCACCGUGCCCUACAACGUGUGCUUCACGGUGGUGGGCGGGCGAGACGAAGGCAGCGCCCCCAGAAGCCCCCCCAGCGUCAGCGACAUCCUGGUGGAGAUCUUGUUUAUGCUGGACAUUGCGUUGAACUUUCGAACGACCUUCGUGAGCACGUCGGGCCAGGUGGUGUACGACGCCCGCUCCAUCUGCGUCCACUACGUCACCACGUGGCUCUUUGUGGACCUCAUCGCCGCCCUGCCCUUUGACCUCCUGUACGCCUUCAACGUCAGCGUGUACUUUGGCGUCCACCUGCUGAAGACAGUGCGUCUGCUGCGCUUGCUGCGCCUGCUGCAGAAGUUGGAGCGCUACUCCCAGUACAGCGCCGUGGUCCUCACCCUGCUCAUGUCCAUGUUCGCCCUGCUGGCGCAUUGGAUGGCCUGCGUGUGGUACUUCAUUGGCCGCAGGGAGCUAGAAAGUCCUGGAUCCUGGGACAUUGGUUGGCUGCAUGAGCUUGCUAAGCGUUUGGGGACGCCCUACUUCCUUUCCCCCCUGACCGCCCUGUUCCCCACUUCCUCCGCCAUCUCCUCGGCCAACAGCAGCCAGUGGAACGCGUCCAGCUCCAGCGAGUUCAAGGUUCAAGGCGCCUGGAACGCCAGCAACGUGACGGCGGGCGAGGCCACGUCGGCCGCAAGCUUCGGGGCCCUGGGCGGCGGCCCCUCCAUGCGUAGCAGCUACGUGACGUCACUCUACUUCGCCCUGAGCAGUCUGACCAGCGUGGGCUUUGGAAAUGUGUCGGCUAACACGGACUCUGAGAAAAUCUUCUCCAUCUGCACCAUGCUCAUCGGAGCGCUGAUGCACGCCGUGGUGUUUGGCAACGUGACCGCCAUCAUCCAGAGGAUGUACUCGCGCCGCUCGCUCUACCACACUCGCACCAAGGACCUGAAGGACUUCAUCCGCGUCCAUCGGCUGCCCAAAGCUUUGGAGCAACGCAUGCUGGAGUGUUUCCAGACCACCUGGUCGGUUAACAAUGGCAUCGACGUCAGCGAGCUGCUGAAGGACUUCCCGGAUGAGCUGAGGGCCGACAUCGCCAUGCACCUGAACAAGGAGCUCCUCCAGCUGCCCCUCUUUGAGUCGGCCAGCAGGGGGUGCCUGCGUUCGCUCUCGCUCAUCAUCAAGACGUCGUUCUGCGCGCCCGGCGAGUUCCUCAUCCGCCAGGGCGACGCCCUCCAGGCCAUCUACUUCGUGUGCUCGGGCUCCAUGGAGGUACUGAAGGACAACACCGUGCUCGCUAUACUGGGUAAAGGCGAUCUGAUCGGCUCAGACUCUCUGACCAAGGAGCAGGUGAUCAAAACCAACGCCAACGUCAAGGCGCUGACCUACUGCGACCUUCAGUACAUCAGUCUGAAGGGCCUCCGAGAGGUGCUGAGACUUUACCCCGAGUACGCCCAGAAGUUCAUCAGCGAGAUCCAGCACGACCUCACCUACAACCUGCGUGACGGCCACGGCAGUGACGCGGACUGGGAGAGCAACGGCGGCCUGGUGAAGAAGCUUCCCUCCAUUCGGGAGGACGAAGAGGGCGAUGAGGAGCAGAGGUCGGUCUCCCGCGCGCCCCGCUCCCCGCUGCGCCUCAGCAGGGGGCUGAACUCUCCGCUGCGCUCCCCGUUGCUGCCACCCAGGCCCUUCCGCGCGCCUGCUGAUCAGCCCCGUCCCGCCACACUACAGAUACCCGUGGUCAGCUUCUGCGGCGCGCCCCCGGAGCUCAGCCCUAGGUUUGUGGACGGCAUUGAGACAGAGAACAGUUCCAUAUCAUCCCAGAAGUUUGAGUUCAGCCCCAGCAUGUCACCUGCAGCCCCUCCCUCCCCGUAUCCAGGCAGCCGGGAGUCGUGCGAGAUCAAGCAGAGUGUGUACAAGUUGACAGAGGAGAUGAACAGCCUCUCCAGACAAGUGUCCCAGCUCAGCCAGGAGCUCCAGCAAAUGACUCACCUGCUCAAGCCCCUCCUCCAAAGACCGCCACAGCUCGUCUUGGCGGCCGCCGUGGCAAACUUGACCCCUCCCCCCAGCAGUGCCAGCAGACUGUCCGCGAGUGUCAGCCUGGCGGCGGCCCCUGCCACCACAUCAUGCUCUCCCCCCAAGAGACCCGACACUCAUCAAUCCCUGUUGGACGGUGGGGACAUGGAGGGCGCAGACCUGCCCCGAUGCCUUCUGCCAACUCCUCAUUCGCCAAAAAGAACUCGUCUCUCACAGCCCCCGUCCACCCCUCCCUUUCUCCCGUCGCCAAAGGAUGGACUUCUUGAAGGAUCGCCCAUCUUGCGAAGCCCCGACACCUCCCCGGCCAUGUUUAUGUCCUCGCCGCAGGAACUCCCGCCCCUGGCUUCCAGUACUCCAUCACCUUCACUCUCUUUUUCCAUGUCCCUCUCUUCCUCUUCGUCUCUUUCCUCCUGCCGGGGAACCCACCCGUCCCGACCGUCAAGCUGCGGUGGCCGGGGAGGUCGGCCUAACUCCCAGGACACCCCCCCAGCCGCGUGGCCGCCGCACUGUUCUGCACCGCCAUCUCUAGCGUCCUCGCCCAGGGAACACCAUUUGAGACCUUCCUCAUUCGUCCCCAUUGCGUCCCUCGUCACCUCCCCCCAUACUUCACUCUUCUCCCUGCCUUUGUCUUUGGACUCGCCGGGCUGGAACAGAAAGUCCGGAGAUUUCCACCCCAAUCCGGUCUCUUGCUUGCGCCGGCAGACGGGGCCGGGCGGCGCUCCCCCGCAGGAAAUUGAACUGCAAGAGCGGCGAGGCGAGGCGGGAGAGGGGAGGUCAUCCACGCAGAACAUCAGCUUCAUCGACGAGGAUGAGCCGGCGGUGUGAGCGGCUAGAGUAGCAGCAGGACAGAAAAAACUGGAUCCAAAGGAGACCAGAUCAGAGAAAGACAGGUGUACUGGUUUCCCUUGGUGACAGGUAGCGGGACACAAAGCCAGCAGUCAGGCGAUCUACAAGAGCACAGCUUACAGUUGCGGUCUAUUCUUAGUCCAGACUCGUGUUACAUCUAGGAUUCAGCAUGGACGUCUGCCGCCCUUCAAAGUGUGGUUCUAGGAACGCUGACCACUCAUCAGUCAAAACCUUGCGCUCCAAUCCACGCUCUAAAAACUGACUACAUCGUAUUCAACCCCUGUCGUCCGCUCAUCCCCUUUAGCCAAUCUGGAAGUUGAUAAGAAUCCUAUUCAUUUUUGAAGAUACCAGACCCAAGAUAGCCCAGGUAGCCCACAUUGGAGGUCGGACUGCUCAAUCCCGUCUGAUUAUCAAACCAGACCUCUUAACCUUCAGGGAUAAUGGUUCUAUAUUUUUGGAAGAGCACUGUUGAUUUUGAAUGACAUCCCACACAAGAUGGUAGAAGUAUCUGAUUUAUUUGUAACUCUGAUCUUUAUCUAAUCUGUAACUUUUAGUCACUUACUGAUUUUGAAAGUCUUCUAACACAAGAUGGGCUAACCAAACUCUCAGGUCCCUGUAACAACAAUCCUAUUGAUUUAAAAGAUCCUUAAAGGCCUACUGAAAUUAGAUUUUCUUAUUCAAACGGGGAUAGCAGGUCCAUUCUAUGUGUCAUACUUGAUAAUUUCGCGAUAUUGCCAUAUUUUUGCUGAAAGGAUUUAGUAGAGGGCUUCACAGUGGAAGAGGGGUUAGUGCGUCUGCCUCACAAUACAAAGGUCCUGAGCAGUCCUGUGUUCAAUCCCAGGCUCGGGAUCUUUCUGUGUGGAGUUUGCAUGUUCUCCCCGUGAAUGCGUGGGUUCCCUCCGGGUACUCCGGCUUCCUCCCACUUCCAAAGACAUGCACCUGGGGAUAGGUUGAUUGGCAACACUAAAUUGGCCCUAGUGUGUGAAUGUGAGUGUGAAUGUUGUCUGUCUAUCUGUGUUUGCCCUGCGAUGAGGUGGCGACUUGUCCAGGGCGUACCCCGCCUUCCGCCCGAUUGUAGCUGAGAUAGGCACCAGCGCCCCUCCGCGACCCCAAAAGGGAAUAAGCGGUAGAAAAUGGAUGGAAUGAUGGAUUUAGUAGAGAACAUUGACGAUAAAGUUCGCAACUUUUGAUCGCUAAUAAAAAAGCCUUGCCUUUACCGGAAGUAGCAGACGAUGUGCGAGUGACGUCACGGGCUGUGGAGCUCCUCACAUCCUCAAAUUGUUUACAAUCAUAGCCGCCAACAGCUAGAGCGAUUCAGACCGAGAAAGCGACAAUUUCCCCAUUAAUUUUAGCGAGGAUGAAAGAUUCGUGGAUGAGGAUAUUGAGAGUGAAGGACUAUAAAAAAAAACGAGAGGACAGUAGGAGCGAUUCAGAUGUUAUUAGACACAUUUACACGGAUAAUUCUGGAAAAUCCCUUAUCAGUUUAUUGUGUUACGAGUGUUUUAGUGAGAUUAUAUGGUACCUGAAAGUCGGAGGGGUGUGGCCACGGGUGUGGUGACCGCCAGUGUCUCCGGUGGGAGGAUGUAAUAGUACGCAGCUGCAGGUGGACGCAAGCUCCGCUCAUAACUACGGUAAGAGCCGACUUAUUGCGACAAUUUUAUCACCGAAACCUGCCGGUUGACGUGGUCGGGAACCAUGUUUGCUUGACCGCUCUGUUCCAUAGUAAAGCUUCCCCUUCAGGAAUUUUAAACAAGGAAACACCGGCUUUGUUUGUGUUGCUAAAGGCAGCUGCACUACACCGCUUCCCACCUCCAUCUUUCUAAUUUGACGUCUCCAUUAUUAAUUGAACAAAUUGCAAAAGAUUCAGCAACACAGAUGUCCAGAAUACUGUGUAAUUAUGCAAUUAAAGCAGACUACUUAUAGCUUGGAUCGGGCUGGAAAAAAAUGUCCGCUACAACCCGAGACGUCAAACGCACGCGUCAUCAUAAGUGUCAUCAUUCCGCGACGUUUUCAACAGGAAACUUUGCGGGAAAUUUAAAAUUGCAAUUUAGUAAACGAAAAAGGCCGUAUUGGCAUGUGUUGCAAUGUUAAGAUUUCAUCAUUAAUAUAUAAACUAUCAGACUGCGUGGUCGGUAGUAGUGGGUUUCAGCAGGCCUUUAAAACCAAAAUUAUUUUUUAAUAAUAUCCACCACCAGAAAGUUAUGAUGUUGCUUGCUACACGGCUCUCUAAUUUGCAACCCAUUUUUUGACUUUUAGGGACUGUAACUUUACAAUAUAUCUUUAAAUGAACCAUGUGGCUUUUGGAAUAUCACACUACAUGAUUUUGCUGAACUUUCAAAUCCUCAAAACAGCAAUCCGAUUGAUUCUGAAUGGUGCCCAGCGGUACUGUUAAGGCCUUGCUUCUUUGGUCAACUGCAAGGGAUUAUUGUUGCACAUUUUAGAGAAAACCUUGUUGAUUUUGAAUGAGAUUAGACAAUAGAUGGCUUGGAACAACUCUAGGGUCCUUUGAAAACAACCCUCUAUAUUUUAAAUGACAUUGAACCAAGUUAGCCCAGGUAGCUAUUGUCCAAGAGUCGUUGGCUUGGUAAACAUUAGCACUGAAAUUGUAAGGCAUUAUUGUUGUAUAUUAAAAAGAGAACCCUGUAUUUUGGACAAGAUCGGACACUAAAUGAGAUUGAAGAGUUAUUGGAUCCUGAUUUUAAAAGACUGUUGACCCAAGUUAUUCCAGAUAGCUAUUGACCAGGAUUUGUUGGUUUGGUAAACAUUAGCACUGAAAUUGUAAGGGAUUAGUGUUGUAUGUCUAAAAGAGAACCCUGUUGAUUUUGGACAAGAUACGACACUAAAUGAUAUGGAAGAACUCUUGGAUCCUGAUUUCAAAAGACAGUUGACCCAAGUUAGUCCAGGUAGCUGUCGACCAGGAUUUGUGGGCAUGGUAAACAUUAGCACUGAAAUUGUAAGGGAUUAUUGUUGUACGUCUUAAAGAGAACCCUGUUGAUUUUGGACAAGAUACGACACUAAAUGAUAUGGAAGAACUCUUGGAUCCUGAUUUUAAAAGACAUUUGACCCAAGUUAGCCCAGGUAGCUAUUAUCCAGGAUUUGUUGGCUUGGUAAACAUUAGCACUGAAAUUCCAUCCAUCCAUUUUUCUACCGCUUAUCCCUUUUAUGCUCGCGGUGGGU